AUGCCCUGGCGGCCGCUGCCUCGUAUUGCAUUCGCGGUAGCCAUCUACCCGUUUCACCCGGCCUCCUCGGCCGACUUGCCGCUGGAACUCGGCGAUGAGCUGUACAUCAUCGAACAGGGUGGGGUGGAUGGGGAGUGGUGUCGAGGGUAUCUGGUAGCGCCCCCUUCCUUGCUCGCCGGGUUGACAAGCACAAAGGGGCAGACACUAGAGGCUCGCGUGUUCUCGGGCAUUUUUCCUCGCAACUGCGUUGAGAUUCGGGAAGUACUGGGUGACAAUGAUGGGUAUAAGGCUUUCAUGAACGGCGAUCGAGCCAGCUUCGAGCACUCCUCAGAAGUCCCUUGCUUGUUGGCGCCCGACACGGACUCGGUAUCACGGAACAGUGUGGCCUACUCGGUUCCCGAGUCCCAGAAUGGUGGCGAAGUGACGGAGGUUAUGGUCGCGAAGAAAGGAAAGCCCGCGCAGAUUGUCAUCCGCAAGCUGGAUGACUCGGACGUCUCGAACCCACCAUCGGCGCAAACCUCUCGCACGGUCUCUAUUCCACACACCCCGGUCACCAUUGCUCCCCGCGACCCCGAUGCGCCCAAACCCCCCGCGCCAGUCCCAAUGCUCAAAAUUGGCGACGAGACCCCCACGUCCCUUGCCGAACCUUUGGUGGACGAGAUUGCGUCCUGUCUGCGAGAAUGGCACUCGACAAACCUGCAUGAAUUGCUUUUGACUCGCAAAUACGAUGUGCUAGACGAGAUGUCUACAAUUGUCCAGGAAUUGGAUCUAGCUCGACGCCAAUUGCUGCAUAAUGUCCUGACGGGCAAAGAAAAAGAGGCUCUUCGCGACCAAACCGUGUGGAAGUUGGUGAAAGCGAACAAGAUGCUCAGUGGUGAUACAAUUGUGCGAGACCCCGGUCAGCGCGGCCGGUUGUUGACGGGCGACGAUUCCGCAGUUCAGCUCGCAAAGCUCCAGUCCGAGAUGAGCAUGCUUGAUAGUAGCCCCGUCGCCUCGUCCGAUUCUACCGCCCUGAACCAUCUCCUCUUGGAGAUCAACGCAGUGUCCGGCAAUGCCCCCGGACCUGUCUCUCUAGGGAUUCAGCUCUAUUCUCGGUCCGAUGCUGGCUCAUUAAACCCGAUGUCGGAGACAUACAGCCUCGAUAUCCCGUCUCCCGAUAAAUUUGUUAGCUUGACACAAAGUAAUAAACUGAAAACAAUCUUCACCGAGCUUGCCGGCACCGAUAUAGGAGACGGAUCCGCGAACGGUCGCCAGCUUUACGUCGUGGUUGCCGUACGCGCGGUCGAAUCCCGAACGAUUCCUGACAACCCCGCCGUGCCAAGAUCAUCAAUAUCCCGCGACGGGGCUGCUGUGAACAAAUCGGCCGCGGCCGGUGGCAUCCAACCCUCAGUCAAGGGGAGCUUGCGGACGCGGCGCAGUAUGAUGUGGAGCUCCAAGUCUCGGAACACACCGCACCAGGAUCAAGCUCCCAAAUCUGCCUCUUCGGCGCCCCCUCGCUCCUCUAGUAGCUCAGCUGCCCCCAAGGAUCCCAGUCCUUCGUCGUCUGCUCCCAAGAAGGAAACGUCCGCAACUCGAACCAUUGGAGUUGGUGUGCUGGAAGUCUCUUCGGUCUUCCGACAAGAUCGAGACACAGAGUCGAUAAUCAAUCUAUGGGCAUCCGUGCGAGAAGGCGAGGAAGGAGAUGAAAACCCCGAUGGGUUUGGGAAGCUCGUUCAGUACUUCCUGCCUUGUCCCACGGGACGAUACGUGCGAGCCGAUACUGCUCGUCUGCACGUACACCUGCGCUCGUUCGUUAGCACCGACUCCGAGCUACUGGUACGCCAAAACCCAACGAUACUACAAGACGUCGUACAAACCCGUCGCAUCGGAUUUUCCAAGGCACCAACGAAACCUCGAUCUGAUAUAUAUGUGACGAUCGCGCAAGCGGUUUUCCCAACAGAUGCACUCUUAUCCCACCCAGUCGCGGGUCAGAUCCCUCUACAGUCGUCCUCCGAGCUCCGCAAUCUUCAACUUACCUUGGAAGUCCGCGAUUCCUUGGGUGCUCGGGUGGACAAGUGUGUUUUUCCUUCCUCGGCGAGCACUUCACAUACGGCAUGGCGAACGACGAUUGCAGAGAGAGGAUCACCAUGGCACCAAACAAUACGCCUCAAUAUCCCAGCAGAGAAGAUCCCUGGCUCACAUGUUAUCAUGAGCGUUGCUGAUGCUCCCGAGUUCCCUUUCGCAUUGGCGUGGAUGCCGCUGUGGGACCAGCAGGCCUUCAUUCGGGAUGGUCAGCAUUCUUUGCUACUCCAUGCUUACGACAAGCAGACGUCUAGUAUGGAAAACGGCAAAGGGGCUUACUUGAAUCUUCCAUGGAGUGCCUUGGGCAAGAAUGAGUCGGCCAAGGACGAAGCGCUAACUGGACCCUUGGCCACAUUGCGCCUGCAGACCCACCUUUGCAGCACAGAAUACUCCCAGGAUCAAGUCAUUCUCAGCUUACUUAGCUGGAAGGAGCGCUCUGUUGAUGAGGUUUUGAACACGUUGAAGCGAUUACCUUUCGUCUCUGAGAUUGAAAUCGUCAAGCAAGUUCGUGGCGUCUUUGAUGCGCUUUUUGGCAUCCUAGUGGAGAACGCUGGCAACGAAGAAUACGAAGACUUGAUCUUCAGAAAUAUUGUAACAGUACUGGGCAUUGUGCACGACCGGCGAUUCAACCUGGGUCCGUUGGUUGACCACUACGCCGAUGAGCAGUUCAAUUUCCCAUUUGUCACGACAUGUCUGAUUAGGAGCUAUCUUCGUCUUCUUCUGGCCGCUAAUGAUGUCCACCAAUCCCGCAACCUUCGAGCCGCUUUCAAAGUUGGUCGACACCUGCUCAAGUUUAUCAUCAAAGCGCGUGAACAGCAAAAGACGAAAGAAGAGGGAAUCGGAAUUACAGCAGUCCAAUCGACCUUCAAUCGUGAUUUGCAUACAAUCUUCAGGACGAUAGAGAAACUCAUGAAAAACCCCUCUGCAGCUUUGGUUGGAAGCAAGACUCUGAUCGUGCAACAUUUCCACGCUUGGCUUCCAGAACUCUCCAAGGUCCUCAGUCGGGACGAAAUGAUUAUGAUCGCCUUGAGUUUCAUGGAUUCUUGCAGGGACGUGACUGGGAUGUUAGUUCUCUACAAAUUAGUUCUAAUACAGAACUAUACUCAGUUUGACAUUUUUGCUUCAGGCGAGGAGAGGAAAACGCUCAUUUCCAGCUCCGUGGGCUGGCUAGCCCCUUAUUGGGGCUCGACAUCGAGCGUCACAGAUCAGUACCGUGAUCAGGUCCGCCUCUGCAGCGCAAUUAUUGCGCAACUGUUGAUUAACCCGCACCCAAUGCUCUACGAGUUCAUGCCAAGCAUCGUUGCCUCUUACUGUGCCAUAUCCGCCGAGGGAGUGGAAGAGACGGAAUACCUGUCCCUCCUUUUCAGCAAGUCCUUCCCGUUCCAGAUCAAGGUCUCAAAAUCUCCCCAAAGAUUUGAUGAAGGUCUGGUCGAGUUAUCCGCCAUAAUGGGAUCCUUGUCAAUGAUCGUCUCCCCGAAGUAUCCCAAUCUGAAGGAGCUUGAGCUGGCAACAUUCAUCGGGCAAGCCCUCGAGACGCACAACUCCAUCAUCGACUGCGAAGCUUACCCAGAGACCUGGUUCAGUAUCCAUGUGUACAAUCAUCGUGCCGCCGUGAAGAGCUUGGAACACCUUGCGCUUCUCCUGAUGGAGCGCCUACUUCCCGUUGCCGAUGAUGCGGAUGAAUUCGACACCAAAUUAUGGGAGACUUUCUUCACGACUCUGCUGAAGGUAAUUUCGAGUGAAGCCUUGGCUCUGGAGACUUUCCCAGAGCAGAAGCGCCGUGCGGUCUGGAAAAUUGCGGGCGACGUUCGGGAACAGGGUGCUGAUCUCCUGCACACUGCAUGGGAGGCGAUUGGAUGGGAUACCACUGAUGAGGAGCAAGAAAGAUUUGGACUCAGGAAGCUGGGAGGGUACCAAGUCCAGUACGUACCAAACCUUGUGCCUCCCAUUAUUGCCUUGUGUUUGAGCGUGCACGAGGGCCUUCGCCAUGUUGCUGUUCACAUCUUACGCACGAUGAUCCUGGGUGAGUGGGAUCUGAACCAAGACAUUUCAAUCAUUGAGACCGAAAUCAUCUCGAGUCUAGAUUCUCUGUUCAAGACCAAACAGAUGGGCGAGAGUGUCAGCCAGAAGAUUUUCGUCGGCGAACUGCUCGUCUUGUUCGAAGAUGAUGCGAGUGGCGAUGAGAAUCUUCUUACAGCUGUCAAAGGACUGAUUUCCACCAUCGACGAGCUCCUCGAUCUUCUUGUGGCUUCGCAGAGCAGCACAUCGACUCAGAGCUUGCAUGCUCUCAAGCUUAUGGAGUAUAUGAAGGAUAUGGGCCGCGAGGACAUCUUCAUACGCUAUGUCCACCAGCUCGCUGAUCACCAAGCGGCGUGCGACAACUUCACCGAAGCAGGUUUAGCUCUCCAGUUCCAUGCGGAUCUUUACGACUGGGAUGUGGGCAAGCAUCUUCCUGAGAUAGCGAACCCGGUUUUCCCAUCCCAGACCGCGUUCGAGCGGAAAGAAGCGUUGUACUUUGCCAUGAUCCAGCACUAUGAGAACUCCAUGGCGUGGGCUCCUGCCUUAGCCUGCUACAAAGAGCUCGCAGCUCAUUAUGAGAGUACGACGAUGGACUUUGCCAAAUUGUCCCGAGCACAAACCUCUGUGGCCCGCAUCUACGAAGCUAUCGCUAAGGGUACCAAACAGUUUCCCCGAUAUUUCCGCGUGGUAUAUAAGGGUCUCGGUUUCCCGGUCGGUUUGCGAGAUAAAGAAUUCAUCUUCGAAGGCGCAUCGACUGAACGUAUGGCGUCUUUUGUCGAUCGCAUGCAGCGCGAGCAUCCAGCUGCGCAAAUCAUGUCUUCGGGUGAAAUCCCGGACUACGAGGGUCAAUUCUUACAGAUCAGUGGAGUCACUGCCCAUCGUGAUAUCUCGCACCCUGUGUAUCUUCGAUCGAAGGUCCCUAGCUCGGUGAGGGAGCAUUUGCUCAUAUCUGAGCCGUGUCACUUUUCAAUCACAUCCAAACGGCAUACAAGCAGCCCGGACGUUCGUGAGCAAUACGUCGAAAAGCUGAUUUUCACGACGGCUGAGCCUUUCCCGAAUAUUCUGCGUCGCAGUGAGGUUGUCUCCGUCAAGGAAGUCUCGCUUUCGCCCUUGCAAACUGCCAUUGAGCGGACAUGGCGCAAGACGCAGGAGUUGCAGAUUCUCGAACGUCGAGCGGCUUCAGGGGAAGACCAAGGCUUUUUAAAUUUGACCGAGGCGCUGGAGCAGCUUCUGGAAAAUCGCCCUUCCCCUUCAAACUGUGUGGCAGUAUACCGAGCUUUCCUCACUGGCACCGGCAAGACCGAGAGACCGACUUGGGGCGAACGAACAGCGGUUGAAGAUGGCGAGGCUGAGGUCGGUGGCGAAGAGGAGGAAGAGGAGGCACUGGCGACAAGUGAUCCCAUGGAGGAAGCUCUGGCGGUUGCUCUUGUUGACCACGCACUGGCUAUCAAGCAUGCACUGUCUUUGUAUCAACGCCCUGCUCAGCAGGCCACGCAAGCCGAACUCUACCGCCGGUUCGAGACGGCUUUCCGGCCUGAACUGGCCGCUCUCUCCACUGCUCAACCAGAAACAUCUUCGUCGACGCCGACUCGGCCCAGUCGUCGGACGCCGUCUGGUGAGAUGCGCCGCAGACAAGCCGCGCAGAGAUCUCUCAGUCCCGAACACGAUCUUGUCCGGACAUCUCGCGAAGGGACACAUAAUCGGAAGCGUUCCGAUCGCUUGUCCGUCAGUCAUCGCAUCAGCGUCAUGAACCCGUUCAAGCGAUCUCACGGACCAAGCAAUUCCAUUUUCACCAUUCAACAGUCUCCCGAAAAGGCCUUGAAUGGCCAGAUCGGCUCCAACGGCCCCGAAGAGCCGGAGGAAGCCGUCGAGGACGACACCGCCACAGUCCAUAGUCGUGCAACAAGUCACUCUCGAGGUGGGAAAAGCGAAAAGCGACGCAGCUGGUUCUCCAGUGACAAGAUCAAGCACGGCUCCUCCCCGUCCUUGGUCGCGGCGGGAGCGGGUCCAGCCACCACAGCCGAGGAAGGUCUCGACCAAGUCUUGAAGAAGCAUCCCUCGCGCAGUACUUCGCGUGAACCAAUUGCCCCAUCACAUGAUGGACGUAGCCGUGCGGGCUCUCAACAACGCACGCCCUCUGCAUCUGAGCGUCAGGUUCCUGCAUCAACCGGGGGAUGGUCUACGAUACCACCCACUCGGGACUAUCCACGGCCCGUGACUCGAGAAAGCGCGCACACUGGACGCGAUCUGACGAGCAAUGCCAACGGGCUGACACGAGCGAACAGUGCGGCGCAAUCGUCUCACAGUCCGACCAGCUCCAGUGGAGGCCGUGAUUCCAUGUUUCGACGUUUCAGCCUGCUGAAGGGCGUUGGCCGGAAGACCAGCCGAGUGGACUUUCAAGCGUACGGUGCCUUGGCCGAGGAGUGA